CUCAAAUAUAUCAAGGUCAUCAUAAUAUAUGAAGAAAACAUCUUGACUACCUUUGACAUCGAGGAGUUUCCUCAUUGGCCACAUUUUCAAAUGCUGAUAUCAUUAGAGCAGUCCUCCAUGGUUCAACCUUGAUGUCAUAGGCUAUCUUCUAUCUUUCAGCACUAGACUGAUUUCAUAUUUGAAUACUCCUCAAUUGGUCACCAAAUUUAUAGUGACAUACAUAGUUUACCCUAAGGUCCUUCAUCCUUGGGUACUAAAUAGACAAAAGAGAGAGAAAGAGAGAGAGAGAGAGAGAGAGAACCUUUGGACUUCCCUCACCUAUUCUGCAUGGAGUACCAUCAUUCUCAGCCACUAAAUAGGUCAUGUCAUCCAACCACACAAUGUCCCAAUUGCCAGCAUUUCUUCUACUUGGAAUACCCUGGCGAGAAGACAUCCACAAAUGGCUUUCUAUUCCCUUCUUCCUCCUCUACCUUGCGGCUGCUCUAGGCAAUGGUGCUAUCCUGGUGGCAGUAGCCCGGAAUCCAUCACUUCGUGAACCCAUGCAUUGUUUCCUCUCCAUGCUUGCUGUCACUGACUUGGCAUUAUCAGGGACCACACUACCAACCACAUUAGGAUUACUGUGGUUUGGUAUCAGUCAGGUGGCCUUUGAUGUCUGCUUGACUCAAAUGUUUUUCAUUCAUGUUGCCUCAGUGGCAGAGUCAUCAGUGUUGCUAGCCAUGGCAGUAGACCGAUGGACUGCCAUUGCCUGUCCACUGCGGUACUCUGCUCUCUUAACUCACCGAGUGGUUGCAAGGGUGGGACUAGCUGUGCUGAUCCGGUCAGCUCUCACAUUGCUACCACUGCCAUUCUUGUUGCUCAGGCUGACUUACAAUGAUCAGAGGAGGCUUACUCAUUCUUUCUGCUUCCACCCAGAUAUCAUGAAGCUGGCACGUAAUGAAACUGAAGUCAAUGUUCACUAUGGUCUCUUUGUUAUCUUGUCUACAGCUGGUAUUGACUCAAUCCUCAUCAUUCUCUCCUAUAUCCCUAUAGCAAAGGUGAUUCUAGGCCUUGGGUCAUGGGGAGAGAAAGUACGAGCAGCAGGGACCUGUGUGAGCCAUGUGGCUGCUGUCCUAGUAUUUUUUGUGCCCAUGAUUGGACUUUCAGUCAUGCACCGAUUUGGGAGUCAUGGUCCAUUGCCUCUGGCCUUGGUGGGCUACAUCUACCUCCUGGUGCCACCUGCUCUCAACCCUGUCAUCUACAGUAUCAAGUGUCAGUGCAUCUGGAAAACCUUGCUUAGGCUCUGCUUUUACCAACCUGGAGUCCCCAGGUGGACAUCAUCUCCUCAUUCCAGCCACAUUGGACACAAAUCUCUCCCAGUUACUUGCUCUCAGAGAUUUUCUGUUCAGACAGUACAAAUAGAGUCACCAUCCAUGGGGAGUUCCCAGUCUGAUGAAACAAGCAUUGGUCUAGUCUUUGGAGAUACUCCAGUAUAAUGGGGAAUGUGGAUAGAUCCAAUAUCAACAAAUAAGAAAACAAUUCAAUCAAUUCUAAUACUAAAGAAAGUGAUUCAAAGCUAUCAAACCAAGUACUGAGGGGUUUGGUAGAUGAUAAUGAAAAGUUGGAUGAGUGAAGUAGCUAGUUAGAUGUACCCACUCAGGCUGAAAAGAAUUUUUGGCAGUAAAUGAGCUUUAAACAAAAAUGACUGGUAUAUUAUAGAAAAAAUAUUACAUUGGGAAUCAGAAGUACUGACUUAUUGGUAUUCACUGCCAUUUAUAAGAUUACAUGUAAUCAUCUAACCACUUAGAUUUCCAUUUUCUUUCAUUGUUAAAUAGAAAUUAAAUUUACAUAUUUUUAAAAGCUGCUCUGAAGAACAAAUAAGAUAAUAUUAUGUUAAAGCACUGAAAACCAUAGAACAAAAGGAAAACAUGAGGAAUUGUGGACAUAGAAACUUGGAAGGGAAGAUGAACUAUCUGCCACAUAUCUUUGUAUAUCAGAAUUGCUGGUAGAAAAUCCCUCCUGACUCUGCCAUCCUCCAAGGAUUACACAGAGGUGUUAAGAGGCCCAAUGUCCCUGUUCUAGAAGUCCAUCAUUUUACUAGUUCAAAGUUCUUAAAAGUUCAAGUUCCAAAGCUCUAUUAUGUACUGUGAACUUCCAAAAAUCUAAACCUUACCACCAUUGAUUGCUUGUACUUUCACUCUCUGUCCCUUUUAGAGGGUCCCCCUUUUACAAAGCAGAAGUAUCCUGUGAUAUUCCCAUGCUUAUUGUAACAGGAGAAGAUUUUCAUAAAAUAAUAUUCAGGGCACAAGAAAUUAUUGGAUAAAAGUUAUCUGCCCUGUGAGAUUACAACCUGGUACUAUAUCUUCAAAUUCUAAGCUACUACUAAUUGAAUGUAAAUUCCUUGAGGGUUAAGGAUGAACUUUGCAAAAAAAAUGAUGAUGGAGAACUGAAAAGAAAACAUUGCCUGGCGUGAUGGACACACUGGUGAAAAAACUGCCUUCCAGGUUUUGCUUCCACCUUACCCUUUUAUGAUCAGUUUUGUAAACAAAAGACAAUAGAGAGGUUUGGACUUCUGCUUCCCUGCUCUGCUGGCCAGCAGUGGCCAUGCUUUCCCUUUUGCUAGUGUUUCCAUUUUAUUGUUGUUAUUGUUGUUUAUUAAUUUCGUGAAGUACAUGUUUGCACUCACCUCUGUUCAUGUAUUCAAAAAGAGAAAAAUUGGAGCCUGUCUAAAUUAUUUUCUGAUGUGGUUCAUGAUAUUGGUAAAGUGGUAUUGGAGUAAAGUUUUCUGCCCCAUUAA